AGAGAGAGAGAGAGAGAGAGAGAGAGAGAGAGAGAGAGAGAGAGAGAGAGGGAGAGAGAGGGAGUUAUCUCUUCAGUCAGUGUUGGUGAAUUUGUCCUCAACUCGUUUGGAUGCAGAAUAAUUACAAUAAAGCCAAAGAAAGAAGCGACUGAUCCAACACGAGCAGCGAUGCGAUUGGUCAGCGUGGCGGGAGCGCGGCUCCGCAGGGCGGUCGAGAAGGAGGAGGAGAGGGAGCGUCCGCCGCCCCCCCCGCCCUCACACCACUCCAACAAGCAGUUUGAAACCAUCAAGAACAAGUUCUUCAAUGAGCUCACACACCUGCCAAAUCAUAAACUCAACAUGCCCAUGUGGGCAGUGGGAGCCAUCGUGGUCGUGGUCCUCGCCCUCAUCGCCUGCAUGGGAUUCUGCAUCUACAGGAAGUGCUUCAACAAGGGCAGCAAGCCCAAGAAGGUCCGCGAGAGGAAGGGAGGACGAGGGCGCAGAAAGAAGGAUAAGGACGGAGAGGAGGGCGAUGAGAAGAAGGAAGGAGAAGAAGGAAAGGAAGAAGAGGAGAAGGAGUCCCUUGGUAAACUGGAGUACUCACUGGACUAUAACUUCAGUGAUAACCAGUUGAUCGUGGGCAUCCUCCAGGCACAGGACCUCCCUGCUAUGGACAUCGGGGGGACCUCAGACCCCUACGUCAAAGUCUACAUGCUGCCCGACAAGAAGAAGAAGUUUGAGACCAAAGUUCAGCGCAAGAACCUGUGUCCAGUCUUCAACGAGACCUUCUCCUUCAAGAUUCCCUACACUGAGCUGGGUGGUCAGACUCUGGUGCUCCAGGUUUUUGACUUUGACCGUUUUGGUAAACAUGACAACAUUGGCGAGAUCAAGAUCCCCAUGAACAGCAUUGACAUGGCACAGCCGAUCCACGAAUGGAAAUAUCUGGUCGGAGGAGAGAAAGAGGAGAUAGAGAAGCUGGGCGACAUCUGUAUUUCCCUUCGUUACGUCCCCACCGCCGGGAAGUUAACAGUCAACAUCAUGGAAGCCAAGAACCUGAAGAAGAUGGACGUUGGAGGCCUGUCAGAUCCCUUCGUCAAGGUGGUGCUGCAGCACAACGGGAAACGACUGAAGAAGAAGAAGACGUCCGUCAAGCAGAACACUCUGAAUCCUUACUUCAACGAGAGCUUCAGCUUCGAGAUCCCGUUCUCCCAGAUCCAGAAACUCCAGGUGGUGAUCACCGUGUACGACUACGACAAGCUGGGCAGCAACGACGCCAUCGGCAAGUGCUGGAUCGGCUACGGCGCCUCGGGCGUCGGCCUGCGCCACUGGUCAGACAUGCUGGCCAAUCCCAGGCGUCCUGUGGCCCAGUGGCACACGCUGCAAACUGAGGAGGAGGUGGACGCUGCUCUGAAGGCCCCUAUUCGCUAAACACACACACACCAACAUCUGCAGAGGAGCCGUGUUCUUUCAUCUGCAACCAAACAUCUGGAGAGUUUUAUGAAAUGAUCUGUAAUCUUUCACACCUAUAUUGAUUUUGUGAUCUCUUUGUAUGACUGUGUGUGUGUGUGUGUGUGCUUUAUAUUUGACUGAAUGCAUGAAUCAGAUUCAUACAAACUAACACACGUGUGUGCUCUGGCUUCUGAACACUCAAACUACACAUUGACACUGAACGAUAAGUAUGAUUCACAUAUUCAGAAUGAAAGUGUUAGUUUGUCCUCCAGCCCAGAUACGGAACAAAAUCAACUUAGUGUUUGCAAAGUAAUGCUUUUUAGAUUUAUGACUCCAGAGAGUGACGUGCUAGAACUUCUUCUGCUCUCUGACAAGAAAAUAGAAAAGUGACACAGAUCUGAAGUGUGAAUAUUCUUCUGUAUCGUCUUCCUCGUGUUCUCGUUUACCCACGGAAUCCUGUCGUCAGUCGAAAAGUGUGUUUUCCUUUGAAAUGUGUUGAAUCUAGUUACAUGUUUUUACUCUUUGUGGCUCCGUCAGUGUUUCAGAGGAGAUUGUGUGUGUGUGUGUGUGUGUGUGUGUGUGUGUGUGUGUGUGUGUGUGUGUGUGUGUGUGUGUGUGUGUGUGAGAGAGAGAGAGAAAAGCUGUUACGACACUUUGUGACUGUCCAGGAAAUAGCUGAACAAAUAAAAUGUUUCUGAACGAUGA